AUGGCUGAAAUCAUUGAACUUGCGGGAGAAAGGACGAAGAACGGAAAGAGGAAGAGGCUAAACCCUCGUGACAUCUCGCUUGCAAUCAAAGGUGACAUUGAGCUGAACCGACUCUUUCCACCGUGGACUGUGAUUCGAGAAGGCGGCGUUGUACCCCAUAUCCAUGAACAACUGCUCUUCAAGCGACCGAAAAGAGCGCCUGAAGUCUCUCCCAGUACGGACGACGAAGACGACGAUUCGGAUGACGAUUUUGAGCAACACCCUCGCAGUUAUCACAUUGAUCUCCACCAGUCCCAAGACCCAGAGCAAUCCCAACCAGUCCUUGCCAGCCCUUCGACGCGAGCAAUUCUUGAAGCACACCCCGAUCGGUAG